AAUGCAUCACAAGACGUGUCACAUUUCCCAGCUUCCUGCUUUCCACCGAAGAAGAUCGACACAGAACAACAAAAUGCGAUAGUUAAACUUCACUGAUGAGCUGUGGUCAAUGACAGCGUUGUUGACGCUUCCCGACAUAUUUCACUGACUGCUUAGUAAAUGUUAUUUGUUUGUAGCUGAGGCGCGUGGAAGUAAUAGAAAAGCAACCAUGCAGUUCACUCCAACCAACGGAGACUUCACGUUCGUGUCUUCGACAGAGGCUGAAGAGCUCAGCGGGACCAUCAGUGCCCCGGACAUUAAACUGAACAUGGGCAGUGACAGCGGUAAAGACCCAUAUGCUACUACCUUCCUGAGGCAGCGAGGCUAUGGCUGGCUGCUGGAGGUAGAAGAGGACGACAGUGAAGAGAGCAAACCUCUUCUGGAGGAGCUGGACAUUGACCUGAAGGACAUCUAUUACAAGAUUCGAUGUGUGCUGAUGCCAAUGCCUUCGCUGGGUUAUAACCGGCAGGUGGUCAGAGACAACCCGGACUUCUGGGGUCCUCUAGCCGUGGUGCUGCUCUUCUCCAUGAUCUCGAUCUAUGGACAGUUCAGGGUGAGCACGACACAGUGAACACUCACUGUAUCAUCUGCAUUCAUGAAGUCAACUGUGUUUCCCUGGGGCUCCCCAUGAGCCGAACUUUUGUGAAUCCUGUGAAGCUUUGGUACUGGGUUCUUCCUUACAUUUAAACUGUAUUUUACGAGCUGGUACGAUUUGGAAAUAGAUCAUUAAAAAAGUGCACAGAAACCAA